AAACCAGCGCCGCCCCUGUAGCCAGCUCUUCAUCUUCCCGUGGCACAACGACACUUUGUUUCAGACGCCGCAUUAUUAUGUCUUCGACGACGAGUAAGACGAUGUCUGUGAUGAAGUGGGUUGCGGCGAGUUUGGUGGGGUGGGCUGUGAUGAACGGACCUGGGUUCGUGUUGGCUCAGGCAGUGACAUCGACGACGUUGACGGAGGUGCCUAUUGAGAGUAUAUCGGUCUUGAGCCAGUCGACUACAUCCGCGCCAAUUCCGACACCGACACCGACACCGGCGAUAGGGACAAUGACGGUACAGUGUUGGCGGACGACUCUGCUCUCGGGGGCGCCUGCUACUUUCCCAGUCGAUACAGCUGCGGCGUCCACCGUUACCGGUGCAGUAUGUUACGAGGUGUUCUCUCAGGAUGGUGGAAUAGCUAGGAUACCAGUUACGCCCGGGCCGAACUUCGAACCUCUGGCACUCCAAAGCUCCUACUCCGCCUCUCUAGCAUCCGAAUCCGCCGCACGCGCCUCCAGCACUCCGGGCUCCUCUUCCUCUUCGUCAUCAAACCACCUCGUCAGGGUGCUCGUACCUGCGCUGAUCGGCUCGCUCGUCGGCGUUAUCCUUCUUGGUCUCGCAACGUUAUACUUCCUACGUCUACGUACCCGCCGCAAGACACAAAGCUCGCGUGCCCAACGAUGGGUGGAUAACCGGAACAGUGUGGCGUUAGGAGCGAACGAGUCGUGGGCGAUGAAGGAGUCGCCGUCACGCGCGACUUAUGCUGUUAAUAAGUCUGAGACGGCGUGAACGAUAUAUUAUUAAUUGGUGGGAUUGCGAUGUCUCUUUGACGACUUCUAUUCGCCACCGCUAGCGACUUAGAUACAUCCCCCUACACUCACUAGCGAAUCGACUCUGCUUUGCUCAUACUACUCGCACAUUGCGCUUCGCUCACCGCUAACGACCCUUAUUUAUUAUUCCUCUCACUCUCGUUUUCGGCUUGUUUUUCUUGACCUCUGCAUCAAGACGUUAUCUGUCUUACAUCCUGGUCCCGGAUAUCAUUACUUUUUGUUGGUGAAAUUGUACGAAUAACGUAAAAAGGACGACAACGCGAUUGGCGGCGAUACAUACCUUCAUCGGCGCUGUUCUGACUUGUUCUCUGUGUUCUCUGUUGUGUUGUAACACUUUCUUUCUUACGCUUUUUCUUGGUUGUCACACACUUUGUGUUGUUGUGUUGCCUUAGACUGUUGCAAAUGCAAUUAAACCUUUGGAUU